AUGCAAGAAGCAUUACUCAUCCUGUUGUUCAUCAGCUUCCUGGUGACAAUGGUGUCAACCACCCCUUCCGAGCUUGGCAUAUCAUUGCCAGGGUGCCCCAAUAAGUGUGGCAAUGUAUCCAUUCCUUACCCCUUCGGCAUCGGCGCAAGCUGUGCUGCAACCAACCUGAACACCUACUUUGCUCUGACAUGCAACAACAGCUUCCAACCACCAAGACCUAUGUUUGGUGUCUCUCCCAGAGAUGUAGAGGUCAUUGACAUCUCCUUGGAGCAUGGUGAGGCCCGUGUUUAUGGUGCUGUCAGCUACAGCUGCUUCACGUCAAACACCACAUCAUACAACUACACCACUGGGUUCAGACUGGAUACCACGCCAUUCAUCGUCUCCACCCGCAACCAUUUCACAGUCAUUGGCUGCAACACCCUCUGGCUCAUUGGCGGCACCAUGGACAACAGCUCUGAUUUGCAUGUGGCUGGCUGCUACUCCUACUGCGAAGGCAUCAACAGCACAUCUGACGGGGCGCCAUGCACUGGGACAGGAUGCUGCGAGACCACCGUCUCCCCCAACCUCACAGACUUCUUAGCAAUAAUCACAAUGAACGAGAGCAGUGUGUGGAACUUCAACCCAUGCUCCUAUGCGAUGCUUGUCGAGGCUGGGUGGUACAGCUUCAGGAGCCACGACCUUAUUGGCGACCAUGGGUUCAUCAAUGACAGAGCUCCUAGAGGUGUCCCUGUCGUCAAUGACUGGGCCAUUAGAAACAGUUCCUGUCCGAAGGAUGGGGCAAAAGCACCAAAAGAUUAUGCUUGUGUCAGUUCAAACAGCUACUGUGUGAAUGCAAGCAAUGGUCCAGGAUACUUGUGCAAGUGCUCUAUAGGUUAUGAGGGCAAUCCUUAUCUUCUCAAAGGUUGCCAAGAUAUAGAUGAGUGUGAACUGCGCAAGCAGGAUGUUAGGUAUAAAAAACUGUAUCCAUGUGAAAAUGGGCGCUGCCGCAAUACACCAGGAGGCUACAUAUGCAAGUGCAGGAUAGGAACAAGAUCAGAUGGUACAAAUUCUGGAUGCCGACCUGUGCUUAGCAAAGCUGAACAGGCAGUUAUAGGUCUCAGUGCGUCUGCAGUUCUAGUCAUAUCUUUGACAUGCUUAUUGGUUAUGAAAUUACAACAAAGUAAGCAUAGGAAGGAGAAGGAUGAAUAUUUCAAACAAAAUGGGGGUCUAAGAUUAUAUGAUGAAAUGAGAUCAAGGCAAGUUGAUACCGUUCUCAUACUCUCAGAGAACGAGAUAAAGAAAGCCACAGACAACUUCAGUGAAGAUAAUGUUCUUGGAUGUGGUGGUCAUGGAAUGGUCUACAGAGGAACUUUAGAUGAUAACAAAGAAGUUGCCAUAAAGAAGUCCAAACUAAAGGAUGAUGACAGCAGAGAAGAAUUUGUGAAUGAGAUAAUAAUCUUAUCACAAAUUAACCAUAGGAACAUUGUAAGGUUACUAGGAUGCUGCUUGGAGGUAGAUGUGCCGAUGUUGGUGUAUGAGUACAUUUCCAAUGGUACCCUCUUUGAGUUCCUUCAUGUCAAUCAAAGCAGAUCACCAAUCCCAUUGGAUCUUAGAUUGAAGAUUGCUACACAGUCAGCAGAAGCUCUUGCCUACAUUCAUUCAGCAACUUCUCGCACAAUUCUGCAUGGAGAUGUCAAAUCCCUCAAUAUACUCUUGGAUGAAGAAUACAACGCAAAAGUCUCAGAUUUUGGAGCAUCAGCACUGAAGUCCAUGGACAAAAAUGAUUUCAUUAUGCUUAUCCAAGGAACUCUUGGUUAUAUUGACCCUGAGAGCUUUGUCAGUCACCAUCUAAGUGAUAAAAGCGAUGUAUACAGCUUUGGGGUUGUUCUUUUAGAGUUAAUGACAAGAAAGAAGGCUUUAUACAUUGAUGCCUCUAAUGAGAAGAGAGCACUAUCUCAUACUUUCAUACAGAUGUUCCACCAGAAGGAGCUCCGGGAUAUUUUGGACAGUGAAAUAGUAUAUGAUGAAACAAUGAUAGUAGUUCAGAAACUAGCUGAAAUUGUCAUGCACUGCCUGAGCACAAAAGGAGAUGAGAGGCCAACGAUGAAGGAAGUUGCAGAGCGACUACAAAUGUUAAGAAGGCUCGAGAUGCAGCAGGUGACAAAGACACCUCCUAUUCAAGCACACCAUUAUUACGAAGAGCAAUCAGUAUAUGUCCCUUCAGAUGAGACGGAAUACCAGAGCAUGGAGACAACCAAACUGGAAUUGGAGGUAGACAUUGUAAGAUAA